CACGUAAGCAGUGCCACAUCAGCAUGACGGGCCCAGCUCUGGGCAUGCCAGGCCAACUGGCCAACGAGUCUCUGGCCGACUACAAAAAGCGGUUCCAGGCUCAGAUCGUUCUGAUCGAGGCUGAGGAACAACGCCAGCUGGCAGCCACGGCUGCCCGCCUACAGGCUGAAGAAGCGGCAACAGCAGAGAAGCUGCGGCUACAGGCCGAAGCAGACGCAGAUGCCCAGGCUCGCCGCAAGGAAGCCCAGGAUCUGCUGCAGCGGCAUGAAGCCAACAACAUCGAGAGACUCAAGUUCUGGCACUUCGAACCGAACGGCGACGAGGCAACACCGGAAGAGCAGCAUAAGGAGUUCAUGGCCAAGCUCGUGACCAGGUUGGUUUACACUUGUAACCACCUACAGUCCGAGCUGGCGAACCUCCAGCGGGCYGUGCGRAACCAUAAGACUCAGCAYGAGGAUGCCACACGGRCAYUGGACGCCCGUGUACAGRACUUGGAACAAGUUCCACCAAGACCAGAUGCUGGGGCUUCCAGCAGUGCACCCUCUAGCCGCCAACUGGAGGAACGCGUUGACCACGUAGUGGCAAUGCUCGGCGACAUCAGCACCUUCACUGCGCCGACCACCAUCAACAGUCAGCUGCAUACCUUGAAGACCGAGGUCCAGCAGCUGCAGUCGACGAACACGGAUGGCAAUCCUAAGUUGUACAAGAUGCCAACUUUCCAACUGGACAAGUUCGACGACUACACGCAGCAGGAUCCGCAUGCGUACAUUGGCGCCCUGUUCAUGAACCCAAAGGGCGGAUGCCAGACCUGGUUGACCCACCUAGCAACCUCUCACGGCGUCGACGUACCAGACUUGAAGGACAAAAUCACAUGGGAGGAACUGACACGGCUGUGGAAGAAACGGUUCAUCGUCGACGACGCGCCGGCACUCGCCAUCAACCGUCUUUUCACCAUGUCACAGGGCAACACCGCAACACGAGACUGGCUCACGGAAUGGCAGAAGAGUGUGGCAGUGCCCAAUCUGGACUUGCCAUUCACGCAUCUGCGUCGUGAGUUCUACAACAGGUCCUGUGCGGCAUUGAGCCAGGCUCUUGGUGAUCGCGAGCAAUACACCACCUUCACCAAAAUCAUUGGCAAGGCGAGGGAGAUCAUCAAGACCAACAGGUCAGCUGCACACGAAAAGUCAACAUGGCAGCCGACCUAUGUGGAGAAGGUACGAACUGGUCCGCGACGGCAGCACUUCGCUGCAGUCCAGUCGGACAGUGGAGAAGACCCAACAGCCACUCCAGCAUCACGUGAGGGAGAUCAGAUCGGAGAGGCGACCUGCAGCGCUUUGAUCGAUUGCGGAGCAUCUCGCAACUACAUGAGUCAGGACUUCAUGGUACGCGCCGGCCUUGGCCCACGAGUCCGAAGGAAGUCACAGCCCACGCAAGUCACAUUGGCGGACAGUCACACGCACAAGUCAAUCGACCAGUGCAUUGACGACAUCCCAGUGUACUUUGCCCCUCACGCAAGUGAGGCGGCGUCCUUUUGCAUUCUGGACACCAAAUUCGACAUGAUCCUGGGCAUGUCAUGGCUGCGAAGCGAGGACCMCCCGGUGAACUUCUACCGCCACACCGUUCACGUUUGUGAUCGGAACGGAGUACAAGUCCCAUGCACGGUAGCUUUUCCUCACCCUUCAGUCAGCUGUCACGUGGUAUCCGCCGCAAGCAUGCGAGCUUCCAUCAUCAAAGACAACAUCGAGGAGAUGGGGGUGUGUUUUCUCCACUCCCUCCUGCCCCAUGACGCUUCAUCGAUGGACUCUUCUCCGGAUCCACGCAUCACCGAGCUUCUCGACGCCUACAGCGACGUGUUCGAAGGUCCGCACGGAGUAUUACCGGAUCGGCCCAUCCGCCACGAGAUCAUCCUCGAGGACGGGGCCGUACCUCCACGCGGUUGCAUCUACCGAAUGAGCGAGGAAGAGUUAAGUGUGCUUCAGGCACAACUCGACGACCUUCUGGAGAAAGGCUGGAUUCGGCCUAGCUCAUCGCCAUACGAUGCACCUGUUCUCUUCGUCCGGAAGAAGAACAAGGAUUUGCGGUUGUGCAUUGAUUAUCGCAAGCUCAACGCGCAGACGACCAGAAACGCCGGCCCUCUCCCACACAUCGACGAUCUUCUCGAGCGACUGGGCGGCGCCAAGUUCUUCUCCAAGCUCGAUCUCAAGUCGGGAUAUCACCAACUCGAGAGCCGGCAGGAGGAUUGCUACAAGACCGCGUUUAAGACGCGAUAUGGGCAUUUCGAAUGGCUGGUUAUGCCAUUUGGCCUUACGAAUGCCCCGACCACUUUCCAAGCGGGUAUGACAACUGAGUUUCGACACAUGCUGGAUCGAUACGUACUUAUCUACCUCGACGACAUCCUGGUGUACAGCCGGCGUUUGGAGGAGCAUGUGCAACACGUGCGCACCGUUUUGGAGCGGCUACGACAAGCCAAGUACAAAGCCAACCGCGACAACAUCUAUGACCCCGUCCUGCCUACGAGAGUGACUACGGACGCUUCCGGCUAUGGCAUUGGGGCAGUCUUGGAACAACACGACGGCGACGAUUGGCACCCUGUGGAGUAUUUCAGCCACAAAGUGCCUCCCAUCAACUCGCUUGAUGAUGCAAGGAAGAAGGAGCUGCUCGCAUUCGUCAUGGCUCUCAAGCGAUGGCGGCACUUCCUCCUUGGGCGUCGUAGGUUCACAUGGGUUACGGAUAACAAUCCAUUGACCUACUACAAGACACAGGAUACGGUGACCAGUGCGAUCGGCCGAUGGAUGUACUUCAUCGACCAAUUUGACUUCACACCGAAACAUCUUCCCGGCCUCUCAAAUCGCGCAGCAGAUGCACUCUCGCGAAGACCCGAUCUUUGCGCUAUGACACAUCAUGCCUUCGCAUUCGACGAGGAGCUUCAGCGACAGUCUGAUCCGGACUUUGCCACGCUGUAUCCACAGCUAUCUUCGGAUCACCCGCCGGCCAGCCACUAUCGCAUUGCCAACGGGUACUUGCUCCUCCACUCGAGAGGCAAGGAAUUACUAUGUGUCCCACGUGACCGCCGUCUUCGGACUCGCCUCCUCGGCGAGUAUCAUGAUUCGCGACUCGCCGGCCAUUUCGGAGUCAACCGCACUAUUGCACGGCUUCGACAGCGAUUCCGAUGGCCCGAUCUCGUUACCGAUGUCACUCGGUAUUGCGACUCUUGCGAAGUUUGCCGACGCAGCAAACCCCGCAACCGCAAUCCCUACGGCGAGUUACGCCCGAUGCCUAUCCCACGGGAAGCUGGUCUCUCCAUUGCCAUGGACGUCACCGGUCCGUUUCCCCGCAACCGGCUCGGGCACAACGGCAUCCUUACGGUUGUGGACCGAUUGAGUAAGUACGCGCGUUUUCUCCGUUGCAAGUACUACUCCACGGCUCCCGAGCUGGCACGCCUCUUGCACACUGGUUGGAUUUGUGGCCACGGUGUACCAGAAGACAUAGUCAGCGACCGCGACACUCGUUUCAUGCCAGCAUUUUGGACUGCGCUCAUGCAGGAGUCCGGCACGACGAUAAAACCAAGUUCGGCUCGGCAUCCACAGACAGACGGGCAGACGGAGCGGGCACAUCAAACCGCUCAAAUGAUGCUUCAUACGCUCAUCCGUCCGGACCAGAAAGAUUGGGUUGACCGCCUCCCCGACAUCGAGUUCGCCUACAACACUUCGGUGCACCCGGCGAUCGGCGUGACUCCAUUCGAGUUGCACCACGGUGGACGGAAAGGCCGGAUCUUCGCCGACCUUCUCCUCCCUCGACCAGCCAGCAUUGACGCCGCUUGCUCCCUCGCUUCCGUUCGGAAGUACAGGGAAUUGCUGACUCAGGCCCGCGCAAACAUGCAAAAGGCUCAAGUCCGCAUGCAGCAGCAAGCCAACAGGUGUCGCGUGCCAUGUCCCAUCCGCACCGGUGAUCUGGUUUGGGUCUUCGUGGAAGAGUUUGCACUGGAACAGGAUGUUUCACGCAAACUGCUUCCCAAGUGGUUUGGACAAUGGUCUGUGCCAGCAGCCGCGGGCGAUGAGCCCGAUGACCCUUCAUUUGUGAUCAACAUUCCAGAGCAUCUGACGGUCCAUCCAGUCUUCCACACCUCGAAGCUGGCAACAUACACGCCAGCCAAGAGCGACGAUUUUCCGGGCCGACGAUCGCAGGACCCUCCUUCUAUGGAUGGUCAUCAGGAAGUUGACCGCGUCAUCACCGAUCGCAAGUACGACAGCAAGCCGCGACAGUACAAAGUCACAUUCAAAGCAUGCGAUCGCGACAACACUCGACUACUAAAGAAAGAAGCAAUUUGGAAGUGGGACCAAGACUGCACCUCGGCCCUGAAGAAGUUAAAGCGGACCCUGGUAGAAUAUCCUGUCCUCAAAGUAGCCGAUCCAUCCGUACCCUUUGUCGUCACUACAGACACGAGUCAAUAUGGCAUUGGUGUUGUGUUACAGCAGGAUGAUGGCAAUGGGUAUAGAUCCGUAGAGCUCAUGUCUGCUAGGCUGCCUUCAGAAAAAGUAGCAACCUCAACUUAUGAGAGAGAACUCUACACUCUUAGGCAAGCGCUAGACCACUGGAGACAUUACUUGCUUGGGAAGCACUUCAAAGUCUAUUCAGACCACGAGACUCUGAAAUGGCUGAAAACGGAAGCCAAGAUGACACCUAAGCUUACUAGGUGGGCUACCGAGAUCGCUCAGUUUGACGUCGAGCUUAAACCGGUCAAAGGGAAGUACAACGUGGUAGCAGAUGCUCUAAGUAGGAGAGAUGACUACUUUGGAGCUAUAGUUCACUACUUAGACAUAGGGACUGACCUGCAGCAAAAGGUUAAGGAUGCGUAUGCUCAGGACCCCAUCUACAAUGACCUCCUGAAGAGAGUUAAGGAGGCCCCUGAUAGUGAACCCAAUUAUCGGUUCACGAACGGGUUAUUGUUUGAGAAGACCGACGUCGUAGAUAGGUUAUGCGUCCCCAGUAGUGAAGAGAUCCGGAAUGUCUUUCCAUAUGCACAGCAUAUCACAAGCUAUGCAGACACAUGGGGCUGGAUAAUGGCCUCCACAGCACCUUUGCCAAAGUUUUGCGCAUCUGAUGUGGAUGUGCUCUUCGUCCCGAAAGGGAAUGGAAAAUUCAGGAUGUGUAUUGACUACAAAGGUCUCAACAAGAUCACUAGGAAAAGUCUAGAGCCUCUUCCUAGGAUCGAUGACCUUCUGGAUAUGGUGCAGGGCUGCACAAUGUUCAGCAAAGUCGACCUCGAAUCUGGUUACCACCAGAUUGAGAUGGCAGAGGAGGAUGUCUACAAGACAGCCUUCAAGACCAGAUAUGGGACUUACGAGUUUUUGGUCAUGCCAUUUGGACUUUGCAAUGCCCCAGGGACCUUCCAGACUGAGAUGCACCGCAUCUUCAGGCCUUACCUGGACAAGUUCAUGGUUGUCUACCUGGAUGACAUCCUGGUAUUCAGUCGGACUGCCAGGGAACAUGCGGAGCACUUGGCUCUAGUUCUUGAGUCGUUACGCGAUAGCCAGUAUAAGAUUAACAGAGAGAAUUCCUCCUUUGGAGUUCCCUCUGUCAUCUAUUUGGGUCACGUAAUCUCUGGGGAUGGCCUGGCUCCUGAAGCAGCCAAUAUAGCUGCUAUUCAGGAGUGGCCACAGCCACAGACAGUGAGGGAUGUCAGGUCCUUCAUGGGUUUAGCCUCAUACUACAGAAAGUUUGUCAGGAACUUUUCUGCAGUGGCUGCACCCCUUACCAACCUAACAAAGAAAGACACUCCUUUUCUUUGGUCCCUUCCCUGUCAGUUGGCCUUCACACGACUCAAGAAGGCCUUGACUCGUGCACCAGUGUUGAAGUUGCCUGACCCCACUUUGCCAUUUAUCCUGACCACUGACGCCAGUCAGUAUGGCAUUGGGGCAAUUCUUCAGCAGGAUGAUGGGAAUGGUCUAUGGCCUACGAGAAAGAGCUAUAUGCUCUUGUCUGUGCCUUGAAACAUUGGAAGCACUUUCUCCUGGGAAGGCACUUCAAGAUCUUCUCUGAUCACUCCACCUUACAGUG